AUGCAGCACUUAUCAGAGGCUGUGUUCGUGGUGAUGUGUGAUAUAGUGGGGACCUCACAACAGCUAGUCAUUAGACGAGAGACAUCAGACAUCAGAGAGGAGGUAGACAGACGACUCACACCUAAUGAUGGGUUCCUACAGAUGUUGAGUGGAAGUAGAAGAGAAGGGUUCAGACUGACGGAAUCGGAUGUGGACUGUAUGUUCUGGAAAAACAACCACCGAGUGAUCACGGACGUGUCUCAGUCUGAGUAUUACAACACAGCCAAUACAGUCUUGAUUCUCUCUGACAGUUCUGUGAGUCCACCAGGAUUCACUUUACUUCAGUUACUGACACCAUCAAGAAACAGCGAUGUCAACUCAGCACGUUUCAGAAUGAAUGACAGAUUAUAUAUCUCUAGUUCUGUUUACAAACAGUUGGCGUGUUCCUUAUUUCGUUCUUUCUUUACUACUGAACAUGGACCCUGUAUUAGUGGUGUUAGAGGAGAAAAAGAAUAUGACAAUGCCUUCUGCUUUGCUUGUGACUUUUGGCCUUCGUCUGCCUCUUUAUGGAUAGACAGAUGUCAUUCAUGGCCUAAUCCUGAAGUUGUUGAUGACAUUGUCAGAAAUGGAUGUCACUUUGUAGCGAUAGGACACCCAUUAGGACCACAUGAAAAUGAAGAAUGGAGAAUAUCUUUUUCUCAGGCAGAAUAUAAACUUGUGUAUUCAAUGAACCACAGUCAGUUUUUGACUUAUGGAUUGUUAAAACUGUUCUUAAAAGAAGUUAUAAAUCAACAAUUACAGGAGAGCAAUAAGCUGUUGUGUUCCUAUCACAUGAAGACAACCAUUUUCUGGGCGAUUCAACAUGACACACUGACUCACUGGUGUCCACAAAAUCUCCUGGCCGGUUUCUGGAUCUGCUUCAAACUUCUUCUUAAAUGGGUGUAUAAGGGGAUCUGUCCAAAUUUUUUUAUCCCACAAAACAACCUAUUUCUGACAAAGAUCCAUGGCUCAGCACAAAACACAUUGUUCUUACGGUUAAAUGAAUUGUACAGGAAGGGUCUGGCCUGUGUGUUACAGAGUUCCUCUAUCAGGUCCACCAUCAUAGAUGUCCUGUACAAUCCCAGACUUUCUAUUUGUACAUAUGAGCAUAUAAUGAUUUCUGAAGCUAAGUAUGAUGCAGAACUAAUCACAGAGUCCAGAAAUUGUAUGAGAUUACGCAUAUAUCUGAGUGACUUUUGUCGAAUUAUCGAAGUCAUAAACACAAUAGAGCAGUUAAUAGAGUCACCCCUGUCACACAAUCAAUUUGUAGUGUUACAGAAUCUUACAACUUCCAUCCUUCAGCAAACAUCGUUUUUACAAAACAUGAAUACUUACACAUAUGCCAACAAACAGAAGUAUAAUGUCGACAAACUGUCCUGUCACAUGCUGAAAUUAGCAACCAAGUUUGGGUGUAUUUCUGACAUGAUCUACAUUGCCAUGUAUUUUCGGGAGACUAGCCGAUAUAGGGAAGCUUUAUCUGUUAUAGUGAUGACAAAGGUCAAGUUAGCACAGCCAUAUGUGGUGUUUAAUGAUCUAUCCGAGAAACUAUAUACUGAGGCUGUAGGUGGUCAGCCCUGGUCAACAAAGAUAAGACAUGCUUUAGCAGAACAAAUCGAACUUAUAAACGAUAUCCGUUUUAUCAGUGAACUAAUACCAGAACAACAGGCGGCUGCAGCUAACGAUUUAUUUGCAUUAAAUAUCCCAGUGUUUGUUAUGUUUUAUUUCCUAGAGUUCUUGUGUUACAGACACAUUGAUACAACAUUAUCACAAGCAGCUCUGAAUGAUCUACAGGUCCUAGUCCACUGUGAUCGGGGACAAUAUAUAUUUCGAAAUUACAGAGACAUCUCCUGGGAGAUUCUAGGGAUCUGUCAACAGAUCACAGGGAACCUACAAUCUGCUCUAUACUCAUACCAACAGUCACUCAAACAGUAUCCAUGGAACAACAUACAAACAGCUACACAGAGGAGAAUACAAGAAAUAGUUCAAUCAACACAACACUAA